AUGAGUCGGUUUGAAAAGACGCCAUCCGUCGAGCCUGAGGUUAAUUUUAAAACCUCUCUUCAAAAAAUUUUCCAAUUUAGGAAGACCAAGUUGAAGCGACCUUCCAGAAACUCUACAAACGUUAUGUCGAAUCGGACGAAGAUUUUUCGACUCAUUCAAAUGGUUAGGUGCUAGAGAGUGUUCAAAAUAAAGAAAGUCAGACAUAGAGAGUUUCUGAUUCUCCUCUUCCUUCAUACUCUUACUUUGCAGACGAAUUCUCAACCAAGCCUUCCUCUUCGAAAAGCGAGGCAGAAGACGAUGACGUCGGCAAGCUCUACAACAAACUAAGAAGGGUAGCUCCGCCCCAUGUCGCUCAUCUUAGCUGAUCUCAGGCAAGCUCCGCCUCCUCUAUCACGCCAAAGCCGUCGCCAAGUGCGACACCACUGUGCUCGCCGAUGGUCACCAGGAAAAAUCUUGGAAAAGUGUGCGUGGCCGAGGGUUCUGUCAGCCCUGAAAGGCCUACGUCAGUCGUCCGCAAUGUUAAGCUUGACCCGAAAAGGAGCGCUUCUCCUAAAGGUUGGUGACGUCACUUCGAAAGUUGUGACUUCAUUAAGGCAAGGUUCUUAUGGGAUAUACAUAUUUUUCAAAGCUUUCACACGUCUAUAUUUACCUUUUGAAGCUUGUGUAUCCUUCUCUUAGCGUCCACAAGCUUUAGAAGCUUACUGUACGCUUAAUGACGUCAUAAUUCGAGUUCCGACGUCAGGAAAAGAUUCUCGGAGAAAUUAGGGGCGCCAUUCAUAAGUUUCUAGCAUUUGUUUUGCUUCAAGUUUCUAGAAUUUCAUUUGUACUUUGAAAAAUUUUUUCAGUUUUAACCCUUACGAAGACAUUUUUUUCAAAAGUAUUUUUACAGUAAUCUGAAGAUAAAAUUCUUUCCAGAUCCCAAAAAAAUGAAAAGAAAGAGCUGUCAACUGAAGAGUUCAAUUUCGAAGCCAGGAUAA